AUGAUGAUCCCAACGAUUAACCAGAAUUCAAUAGUAGGAUGUCAAAAUUCACCCCUGCCAACUGACAUUCAUUUCCCAUUAGGACCAUUCACUAAACAUCCAUACAACCCCAUCUUAACCCCAGACCCAUCCCAUGAAUGGGAAUCAGCCUAUAUCUACAAUGCAACUGCCAUUGUAAUUGAUCAAAAAAUCUAUCUCUUCUAUCGAGCCCAAAACUUCCAAAAAAUCUCCAGUAUUGGAAUCGCUUGGUCAACUGAUGGAUUCAACUUUGAGAGAUUUCCAAAACCAGUAAUCUUCCCCACUGAACCUUAUGAAUUAGCUGGAGGAUGUGAAGAUCCAAGAAUCGUAAGAGAUGAAAAAACUAAGCGGUUCAUAAUGACAUAUACCGCAUAUGAUGGACAUAUUGCCCGAUUAUGCGUUGCUAGUUCAAUGGAUUUAUUUAAUUGGAAGAAAUAUCCUCCAUUAUUUAUGAAUUCUCCCGAGGGAAACCCACUUUGGAGUAAAUCAGGAGCGAUAUUUACUGAUCUUAGACAAGAAGAUGGGAAAUAUUAUAUGGUUUGGGGUGAUCAGAAAUUAUAUCUUGCUAUUUCCGAUGAUUUAAUUCAUUGGGAACUACCAUUCCCUGAUACGAGGCUUGAUGAUAAUAUAUUUGCCAAUAGAGUAUUUCCUCAUGAAUCGAGAUUAAUUGAAUCUGGUCCUGCUCCGAUUAAGUUAAGUAAUGGGAUGUAUAUAUUUAUAUACAAUUGCUCAACCUGGGGCACUGACGAAUUGGAAGAAGGAAGUUAUAGUAUUUCACAAAUGUUGAUAGACUAUAAUAAUAUAACCAAUGGCCCAGUAACUAGAUUAGAAAAGCCAAUGAUUAUCCCAGAAACAGAAGAUGAGAAGAAUGGAUUGGUUAAUAAUGUCGUGUUUUGUGAAGGGAUCGUGUUGUUUAAUGGAACAUGGUUUUUAUACUAUGGACAAGCUGAUUCGGUAUUAGGAGUUGCAAUUGCUCCAUUGAGUCAAUCUUAA